AACACCUCAAGCUGGACAGCACGCUUACAACCCUGAGCGCCAGCUGUGAUGAUCCAGUUCUCUCCUGCUAUGAUGAAACAAUCAAGAAAAAUGCUGAAAUACACUGCCGUGUUGUUGUUUACAGUAUCAGUGAGUUUGGUGUCAGUUGAGCUGUGGAAACGUUUGAUCCCGGGGAGCGACUGCAGUGAUGACCAGAGACUUCAUCAUGUUCAAGUGGUCUAUGAGACAAAGGGGUCAAAGUCAGGAGCCUGUGGAGGGACCCUAAUCCAUAAGCAGUGGGUCCUAACUGCAGGACACUGCUAUAAGGGCACUGCAGGGACUUUAAAGGUCAUUGUGGGUGUCCACCCAACAAACUCAGAAGUCAACAAAACUCUCACCAUUCCUCAUGCAAAUAUAAAGAAAUACAGCGGAACUCUGCAAGAUGGUGACAUCAUGUUGCUGAAGCUUCCAGAAAGUGUGGAGAAUAUCAAACCUGCAAAACUUCCAGAUGUUCCAUGUACACGUCCACCUGCUAGAGACAUGCUACAGGUAGCAGGACACGGAUCAGCAUCUAAGAUCUAUGGAAAAGCUGAAGCACGUCUGAAGUGCUUGAAUGUUUCAGUCGUCUCUUGUCAAAACCUGAAAUGCACGGCGUUUGAAAACGACAAGCACGUCUUCUGCGGCGUCAAUCUUCCAGAUCAGCCCAUGAUUGACAGCUGUGCGGGGGAUUCUGGAGGAGGCCUGCUGCUGACGGGGCAGACAGACGUGGUGUUUGGGGUGCUGAUCGGAGGUCGCCGGGGUGGGUGUGGAGGACAGAUCGUUUUUACUGAUGUCUGUGAAUACAGGGCGUGGAUUAAAGAGGUCAUGACCUCUGAGACUUAGUAACAGUUACAUUCACUACGCAAUUCAUUCACAUUCGUUUGGUCAGGUUAGAUAACAGCCAGUAAUAAACAGCUGCUGGAAAUUAGUCUUUAAAAGUUCAUCACUUCAUCAUUAUGUCACACUUUUUUCUAAGAAUAGUUUAUAUGUGCUAUAAAAGAAGGAAUUCUUAGUGGGCCUGUAUUCAACAUUAUAUAUAUAUAAAUAUAAUGUACACACA